ACAUCGUUAAGUUGUAAAUCAGGCGAAGUUUUCAAUGGUGAAGUUUGUGUGUCAUCGCGAUUAUACAAAUGUCCGAAUCUUGAUGCAGGUUCUUGUGACACUAAAGAGAAUGGUUACUACAAGGACAACAACUUAGAUUGUCGAUCUUAUUUUUAUUGUUCGUCAAAUCGAAAGUAUUCGUUCUUAUGUCAAGAUGGACAAGCUUUUGAUGGAAGUAAAUGUGUCUCAAAACGACACGUUGAACCAUGCUCAAAGAAGAUUGAGUGUAGUGGAAAAUCCGAUGGGUAUUACCAGGAUAUGACUACAGGAUGUACAAAGUAUUACUAUUGUAAACAAGGUGAUAAAGUUCAGGUUCUAACAUGUCGGAAUAGUCGAGUAUUCAAUGGUCAAAGUUGCGUCUCACCAGCAUCAUACGCAUGUCCAGGCACUGUUGGUUAUAGUUUAGCUUUAAAAUUAAAUUGUGUCAAACGAAGCUGUCAAUCGACAUGUUCACGUGAUGGAUUCUUUGCCGAUUAUGAUAGUCGAUGUAAAAAUUACUAUUUUUGUGUAAGUGGAAAGCAAACAAAACUUUCGUGUCAUCCUAACUCUGUUUUCAAUGAAAAUGAAGGGCUGUGUGUUCCUAAAGACAAAUACCAAUGUCCCGUGUAUUGUUCCAAUGAAUGUUCGUGA